AUGCAAAAACCUACUGACUAUCAUUAUCAGGCUUUGCAGCAUGUCCUCAGAUAUGUUAAAUCUAGUCCCUCAAAAGGGCUCUUCUUUGCUGCCAACUCUGAUAUUCAGAUCAAAGGUUUCAGUGAUUCAGAUAUGGCCACCUGUCCUAACACAAGGAGAUCUACCACCGGGUACUGCAUAUUUAUGGGUUCCUCCCUUGUAUCAUGGAGGUCGAAGAAGCAAAGUACAGUCUCCAGGUCCUCUACAGAAGCAGAGUAUCGAGCUCUUGCUGUCACUGUUUGUGAAGUACAGUGGCUUCGCUAUCUUAUUCAGGAUCUUCAGGUUCAACCUAUUGCUACCGCAGUUCUCUAUUGUGACAACAACUCCGCAAGGCACAUCACUCACAACCAGAGUUUCCAUGAGCGGACCAAACACAUAGACUUGGACUGUCAUGUGGUGCGUGAGAAGAUUCAAGCUCAACUUUUGCAUCUUCUGUCGGAAUAA